UGACGUUGUCGCGGGCGGCGUACGUGCGGUGCGUCGCGUCGCGGCGGCGGUGAGCAGCGGUGACAGACACGGCGCCGGAGAGAAACGGGGACGCUGGCGACUGUCGUGCUGCCGCGUGCGGUUCGCGAUUUAACUGUUCUCUCCGUGACACACGCGAAUAACGGCACCCCGUACAAGUCCCGACUCGAUGGCGUUCGCGAAUCCGCCGCUUCUUCCGCGGUGCGUGACGGGACACGCGCGGCGCUCGUUUUCCAGCUCGCCGGCGAAUACGAGGUCAGACGACGAUCGCCACGCGUACGGGAAGAGCAGCCCAGCAAUGUUGGGGCCCGUCGGAAUCGCUGAAAUUUUGCAUCAACUCCCGCUCGACUCGACGACGAAUCUUCGCCGAGUCACGGUGACUCGCGUUAACGUCCGCUCGCCCCUCGGAUGGAUCGGCCAAUCGUGUAUUCGCGUGCAAUCUUUAGACUCGGCCCGCGCCGCGCCGUCGCCGAUUAGCCGAUUUCCUGCCGAGAACGCUCUUCACGGGGAUUAUGCAAAUUCGUCCGAAUAUAAAUUCCGAAUAGACCACACAAAGGGUGAUCGUCAUUCAUAGCCUUAGAUCUUGCAUUCAAAAUCGUCUCUUUAAAUCCGUUCAUUAAGAUCGUUUUAUCAGUCGGUCUUAAGGCCCCCUUUAUAAGACCAGAUUUAAAAUGAUCUUAAAUUCAGACUCGGAAUAUGAAUACCGUUUCACGGUGCUUGACUCUUUUUUUUUGUCAUCCGCGACUCUGGCCCCUUUCCCUUGACUUAUCGAACUUAUCUUCCCUCGAGCGUGCUCGCUGCCACGUGUUCGUUUGAAUCUAUGUUAUUUGCGUGACCGGACUGUUUUUCUGAUAAAGAUACAUGCACCUAUAUAUUACUGCACACGUAUAAUGUACUAUAUAUUUUAAAAUUUAUUACAUAAUGCAUUUAAUUUAUUUCUACUAUUAUUUUCGCCGAUGCAACGUCCGGAGUAUCGCGCAUGCGUGUUUUGCUGGCGGAGCAGCGCAGCCAACUUUACGCUCGACAACCUUGAUUCCUCUAUCCCGCUGCAUUUGCACCUUUAUCCCUUCUCUCCUUUUCCCUCCAAUUUCCGAUCUAUCUUAUUUUAAGUGCAGAAGGUGUAACAGCACAGCUAUGAUGAAAUGUCCCUUUGAUGGCGAAGGACGAAUGUCAACAUUGUCAACCGUAUCUUUCAAACGUCCCUCGACGGUCUCGACUCUGUUGUCUUUUGUUGAUUCCGAUGCUGUAAACAAUCUGAUCUGAUCUGAUUCUCACGCUUCCAAGAGUUUUAUGCAGGAAGAUUUCAGGGAUGCGACAUCGGAUGUGAGAAAACCUAGCUGCUAUGUUUCUAGAAACAGAUGAGCUGGAGCAGCAGUGCGAAGAUGCGGUGUUUGAGUUGUGCGACGCUCGGGAGAGGUAUCCGCUGCAAUGUGCGAGGGAGCUUGAAAGGUGCAUCAAGCUCACCAACGAGAUACACGUAAGUGACAGCCUCACAGCCGGAACUGUCAAUCGUCAUCUCGUUCUCCAUUUAGCUCUGCAUCUAUUCGUCGGUGUGGUUCGUUACAGAUGACGAAGGCUCCCCCGAAGCCG